UUAGGCGGGCAGAAAAAGUAUCACCGCCUUUUUAAUUUGACCUUUUUGUCGACCACACAAAACGACACGACAAAAGAGCAGCGACUUCAGCGUCGACAUCGCCAGGUGCACGAUAGAUAGAGCAGCCAGCUUCAACUUCCACUCUCACACUUCUGUCGUGCCUUGCGAACGGUUUGGUUCCUUAUCAGGAUGAUAAGUUGCGGAGUCUCGACCUUUCGUCUGCAACAUCUGCCGUGAUUUCUGCUCCUCUGCUCGCCUCGCCAGGCUGCAAAUAGACUAAAGAGCACGACGACAAGAUGGUCUCUGUUACGCACCUCCCAUCGACUCCAUCGUCUGUCUCAAAGCCCUCGAAAUCAAUUCUGAAGACGUUUUCAUCUGUCGCUGGCCAGAAACGCAAGCAGCUCGAUCUCACCAUCCCGUCUGAGCUCUCGACAGGAUCGGCCUACUCCGACACCAAUGCCAGUCCUACAACCGCCAUCACACCCGCCGGUUCUCCUGGCCCCCGCAGAAAACGCGCCCGAGUCAAGUUCGAUAUCUCCGUGGGCUCGCCUGUGAGUCCAGUAAAGACCAUGGACACCGAAGCUGAUGAGAAGGCGGCUGAGAGAGACAGGGCGUUGACGAGAGAGGAGGUUAGGCGCGCCAUACAGAGACAUCUGAUGGGCCAUAGUGAGGGGUAUGACCGUAUCAAGGAAAUGUUUUCGGUCGAUCCCAAGGCCUUGGAAGAUGAUGGAACACCUGUCUUUGACCUGCCUAGUCCAGUGUCGCUGAAGAACCAUCUCAUGGGCCUUUUGGGCAAUGUUUCAUCGCUGGACGGUUCAUGCAGUGGUCUGGUGCACGCGAUGCUUAAAAGCGAAUGGGUCGGCAGAGACACAGCGUAUGUUAGACUAUUUGCUCAGUUUCUGGCUACUCUGUGUGCUGCUCGUGGUGGUUACCUUAAUUCAGUCCUCAAAAUGCUUGUUAACGGCCUGCAGCAAGGUUAGAACAGUCUCCUUCCCAAUAUGAUUCUAAGAUGACUGCAGGCUAACAAUAGCUAAAGUUGAUCCUCGAUGCGGAAACUUGCCUGAUUAUGACCCGGUCGACAGCUCGGAGAUGUACCAUCGAGUUCACUAUGCCAUACGUUCAAUAGCUCAGGUUGUCCCCGCUUGCAGCGUUACCCUCUCCCCUAUCCUAUCCUCCAGUUUCCCUCACGACUCCGAUCCAGUAAAAAGCCAUCUUGCCUACACACGAAACCUCAUCAAGAUUAUAUCUUACCUCCCAGAACUUCGAUCCGACAUCCUUGCUCUCAUAACAGAAAAGCUGGUCAAGAUUGAUGCCCAGAAUCAAGUGAAUAUGGAAGACUUGGAUGAAGAUUCUCAGCAGGAUAUCAUGGACGCGCUGAAUGCCACAGACCCGUCUACCCUUGAAAAUAAUGAUGGGGAUGAUGAUGAUGAUGAUUUGGAUGAGGAGUCUGAGGUUGAUGAGGAAGAUCCAGAUCUCCAGCGCAUCAAGUCUAUAAAAGCGUGCAUGCUCAAAGUUGACUCAAUGGUGGACAUCUUGUUCGAGUACUACAACUAUCCUUUCAUCUCUGGCUCGCUUGAAGACCAAGAACAAGUUCUCGAUUUUCUCCUGGCUCACUUCCAAAGCAUCAUUCUUCCAUCCUACCGCUCUCGACACGCUCAGUUCGUCCUCUUCCAUUUCGCCCAGGCCUCCCCCAUCUUCGUUGACCGCUUCGCCACCACAUGUAUCGAGAUCAUCCUGAGCAAGUCUCAGCCGGUCAUCAUCCGCCAAUAUGCUGCUGCUUAUCUUGCCAGUUUCGUCGCUCGCGGUGCUCAUGUUUCUGGCGACGUGAUCCGUGAUGUGUUCAGUCUACUUGGCUCACACAUCCUAUCGCUUCUAUCAUCUUACGAAGCAGACUGCCGUGGCCCCGACCUCCGUCGUUAUGGGCCAUUCUACUCCACUGCUCAGGCGCUAUUCUAUAUCUUUUGCUUCCGCUGGAAAGAUCUCACCAUCGCUGCUGUCGAGGCUGAAGCAGAAGGCAACUCUCUCACCCACCUGAAUGUUGAUGAGGUGUCUUUCUCACAGGAGAUGACCAACAUGCUGCAUCGAGCGAUCUACUCAAAGCUCAAUCCUCUCAAGGUCUGCUCGCCCGGCAUCGUUGCCGAAUUCGCCAAGAUCACCCACUACUUCGGUCUUCUCUACCUCUACCCGAAACUUGAGAGCAACAAACGUAUCCGCAUUCACAGCUUCCGCGGUAUGAGUUCGAUGGCCAUGGAUACAAUGUAUGGAACCAUUGAACGCGAAACUCGUGCAGAUGACAACCUCGCCAUCCAGUUGGAUGACUAUUUUCCCUUUGAUCCGUAUAAGAUGCCUCGCGGUGCCAGACGCUUGCAGGGUGAUUAUAUUGACUAUAAGGAUGUCAGAGUUGUAGGCUUGGAUGACCGUGGUCUAGACGAGGAUGACGAUGAUGACACCGCCAGCGAAGACGAAGACGAAGAUCAUAACGACGUCGACAGACACACAGAGACAGAGGAGGAGUAACCCUACCAACAUCUACGCAUGCUGUUCUUUUGCACAUACACCCACUUUUUUUACAACCAUUUUUCUUUCUAAUCUUGAUACCCCGGUUUUUAACCACUUGCUUUAACCGAACUACAGGACAAUGCUCUAUCUACGGGCGUCAGUUAUCUGCCAUUUUAUCCUAUUCUCUCUUUGCUCGAUUUAGCGCUGCUCUCAUCUACUUCCCCUUCCUACCUGUGAAAGAACAUAAAAAGUUCAUACCUACUCCUUCUUCACCUUUGUUCGCCUAUGUUAGAGACAGAGGCAGAAAUACAGCCUGUCCUCUUACCGUCUGCUUUUAUUUAAUCUCUAUCUGAUCGGUUUCCGGGUCUAGGUUGGUGUGGCGGC